GGUGGACAAGGAAAUCCUGCUCUAGCCAAUGAAGCUACAGCAAUCGCCAUCAGUGUCUUGACACAAAACAUUGAUUGCUUUAAGCAAUGGGAUGUUCUCUACAUGGAGAAUCUUGAAGCUAGCGUUUCUCUUCUUAAAAAGCUUGUGGACGAAUGGAAAGUUCAUUCCCUCAAACUAUCAUCAUCACCGAGUGAUACUCUCACUCUCAAGCAUGCUAUGAAUAGCUUCAAGAUGAAGCUGGUACUCAUCCUGCUCCCCCUGAAGGAGAAAACUUUGUUCUUCAAGCUUGGAGGCUUCCUCUCGACCGUCGCCAAGUGAACAUCUUGGUUGGUGAAACCGUACUUCGAUGCAGCAGUCUUUGGAGAAACAUGUCGGGGAGUGCAGCUGACGAAUCCUUUGCGGCUUAUCAGGAGGCGGCCAAGGUGAUGUCCGCGAAGAAGGGAUCUGCCAGUAAGACGGCGUCUGGAGAGAUGAAAGCACCGGACUCGUUCUGGAACUCGGGACUUUGGUGCGACUUCCAUCGCGAUCAUGGCCACAAAACCGAAGACUGCAUCGCCCUAAGGAUCGAGGUCAACGAACUACUCCAAAAGGGGCAUCUCCGAGAAUUCCUCUUAGAAAAAGCCAAGGCCCACCUCAGCAAAGAGAUAGCAGGGAAAUCCAAAGGAGCUGCACCAUCCUCACCACCUCGCCAAGAUCGGGUGAUUCAUGUCAUAUCUGGGGGCUCAGAAGUAAGCGGAGUGAGCCAUGCAGCUGCAAAGAAAAGCACCCGUAAUGCUAAGCAUGGUCUGUAAAUGACCCAAUCAAAGCGCCUACUUCUAGGCACCGACGAGAUAAACUUCACAGCCAAGGAACAAGAGAAGGUCCUAGCUCCCCACCAUGACGCCCUAGUCAUCUCUCUCACCGUAGGAAACUGCUUGGUGAAAAGGAUACUAGUAGAUAAUGGCAGCUUUAGCAACAUUAUCUUCCAGACAGCGUACCAAGAUCUAGGGUUGGAGGAGAGCGCCCUGACGCGCAGGGUAACUCCACUCAUCGGGUUCAGCGGCGAGGUCAAGCAAACCGCCGGAGAGGUUAUCCUCCCAGUAUACGCUGAAGGGGUCAACAUGUCCACUAAAUUCCUGGUCGUAGACUGCCAACUGGCAUACAAUAUGAUCUUGGGACGACCUUGGAUCCAUGACAUGGGAGCAGUCCCUUCAACCCUCCAUCAGAUGGUGAAGUUCCCUACACCCUGGGGCAUCAGAAUAAUCAGGGGAGAUCAAGAGAACUCUCGGUCCUGCUACCAGACCACUUUGAAGGGGAAGACCAAGGUCUUAUAGCAAUUACAGAGAAGGCCUCAGAUCCCGAACCUUGGGAUCAGAGGUCAAUAAGACAGGUAAUUGGGGGUCGUUCCGGAAAACGCGGACCCUGAAUCAUUUCAAGAACCCGAGGGACCCCCAAAGAACCUAUGUCGACCGCUUCGCAUGGUCUCCUCCAAAACACUUCAAAGUUGCACCUGCUCACAAGAACUAGCUCUCGCAGAACCCUCGUUCCCCACCUCGUAUAAACAAGAUCACCAAGAACUUCAUCAGAUAUCAGCAAGUGAACUCACGAGUAACCAAGUGGGGCAUGAGAACUUCAAGGAGACCCCCUCAGAAGCUACAUCGGGCGAAUCUAGAGCAGAGGGUGCCUCGCAGACGCAGGACGGAGACACUCAGCCAGGUAGGAGACCUCUGAGCCUGGUCGCUCUGGUGGAUGAGUGUGACUACACAUUUCAUGGAAGUGCUGGAAACCUUCAUCAACGGGAGACAGUGGUCCCCGAGCACCAACAACGCGGAGAGCCACAAGGGCUGGGGCAUGAAACGAGUCUCAACCGCGGUCCCUAGACCCAAGAAAGAGGUGGAACCCUACAAAGGAAGGAGGAACCACCCAGCAAGGACACUCGUCCCAAAAGCAAGUCAAACCCCACGAGUCACACAGCAACGAGAGGUAAAACAUGGCCUAACCACCGGGGUACCUCGCAAGCUGAUAUCUUGUACGGUCUCCGGACCAUGAUUUCUAUUAAUUAUUCUAUCUUUUAUUUAAGCAUUAUGUUUUCCUACUCCUAUGUACGCUGAAACCUCUCCGGACAAAGCUUAUAUAAUUAAAUAUUUCCGACUAUAAAAAAGUAGUAGGAAUGCCAUAAUACUUAAAAGGGGCAAACGAGUUGGAUCAGGUCUAAGAGACCCUCGAUCCUGGCCAAUCCUUAAUGAUAAGUGGUACGACCACUCAAAAAUAAAAACGGGUAUGAGACAUAAGGUAGGAAUGGGUCUGCGCAAACCUGAGUAUGCCGUCAACACUACCUAAAACCCCUGUAUAGCCUCAUGCAUAUCGGGGUCCCAAACAAAAAUACCAAAAAUGUGAAAGUACCUGUAUUAAAACACUACGUGCUAGAAUAAUACAGGAGACACGAGGUAUAAUUGCCCUUGAGCAAGUGCAAAAGUUCGGGAGCACCUUAUAAUAUCCUGCUUCUCCAGACGUGGAAAGCAGCGUAAGUCUGGCACUUGGGUUUUCACCCACACCAGCACCCUCUAAGCCUUAUAGUGGCUUUCUGCAGAAAGCAUAUGCAGCACGGGAACUCGACAGUGACCAGCUUCUGAGCGGUAGAAUGCGAUACCCAACAAGUACCGAGAGUGGCCACACCUAGGGUGGCAGAAUGCAAUCCCUUUAAAACCUUAAUUUCGGGUUCUGAUAAAGAACUCCGGGCUCAGAUAGGCCUCAGGGCCAAGAACCUAUUGGUUCCCCAAAAAAGGACCUCAGGGUCCAAAGACCAUGUGUCCAACUCGAGACCUCAGGGUUCAGAACCCACGGGUUCCCUAAGAAGGGACCUCCGGGUCCCAAAAUUAUUAGUAUCCUCCAGGCGACCCAAGGUCCCCUGAGGAGAAUCGACCAAGGGUCCAGAACUCACGGGUUCCCCAAGAAGGGACGUCCGGGUCCCAAAGAUUAUUAAAAUUCUCCAAGGGACCCCAGGGUCCCCAGAGGAGAUCCAGUCAUACGAGACCUACAAGGUCUGAUCAUUCCCAAGAAACCUUGGCACCCCGAAUCCAUGAGUCCCACCACGAUUCAUCAAAAGCCCAGACGACCCAAGUCUUGAAAAAGAUUAUCAAGCAAUCAACAUUUAGCUCAACAAUUAUUCGAUUAUGACUCAAUUUUCAAGGCCUUGGGAUCAUCCUGCAACCUGCAUUCUUCCGAAAGAAGAGACAAUCACAGAAACAAAGGCAAUACGAGUAUCAUCUACGAAAGCCAAAGAUCUCAAAGAAGAGAAGCGAGCAAAACCAAAGAAACUUAUUUCAUGAAGCCGCAACAGGGCUAUUGUUCAAAACAAAAGCAGAGCAGGCCAAGAAAGGCCAUUAUUAUAACAAAAACAAGGGACACGAGUUCAGGUCGAAGACCCCCCAGGCCUCAAAUCUAUGUCCAUUCGUCAGAAAUUUCUGAGGAAUUUUUGACGGAUUUACGAGAAAUAUGAAAUUUUACCAUUCAUCGGUAUUUCGUCGGAAAUUUCCUAGGAAUUUCCGACGAAAUUUCUUUCGUCAGAAAUAAUCGACGAAAUACCGACGAAGAUUACACGAUUUAGGGUAUAGAUUUGGGGUUUAUGUUUUUGUCGGAAAUUCAUCAGAAAUUUCUGACAAAUUUCCGUCGAAAUGAAAAAUUUCCGUAGGAAAUUCGUCAGAAAUUUCCAACGAAUUUUUGACAAACUUAUUCCUAGGAAAUUUCUGACGGAUUACAAAAUUUUUUUAGGAUAUUCAUCACAAAUUUCCGACGAAUUUCCGACGAACAUGAGUUUAGAUAAGCCUGGGCAAUAUAUCCGUAAACCGAACAACCGAUCGGUACCCGGUCCGAUUAAAACGGUUCGAUUCGGUUUCGGAUUUUCUUAAUAAACCAUUCGGUUCGUGAUUUUGGGUUAGAAUGGAUGUCGGCUCGGAUCGGGUAAAAAUCCGACAACCGAAUCAUAACCACCGAAACCCGAUGAAACUCAACUCUAGCCCUUCUUUCUUCCAUUUUCGAAUCGAGAGUAGAUACACCACGAUUAUCUCCGGAAAUCUCAACCAAACCUUUCCAAAAUCUCAACUUGCGUAUCAUGCAAUCUGAAAUCCUUUCCAUUACCCAAAAAUCAAAUAUCCUCAAUGAUUCUAUCGUCGAUUCAAACUCGAAACCCUUAUUUCACGUCAUAUAUAUGUCUCUGCAAAUCCUUAGACUUGAUAAGCCAUUCCAUCUCUUUAGACAGAAAGUAAUCAAUCUGAGGUGCUUAUUUUUCUUCUCAAUACUCGAUGUAUCAUUCAUGCUGCUUUAUUUUUCAAAUUUAAAUUUUGGAUAGAUAAUAUUAUUGGUUUCGGAAUUCGGGUUAUGUCGUGUGAUUUUUAUUCUUAGUGUGAAAAGAAUUGGACAUUAACCUCGAAUUGUGGUUUAGUUAGUUGUUCAGCUGUUCUUGUUUGUAAUGAUGCGUUCUUCAGCUGUUCUUGUUUGUAAUGAUGUGUGUGUAAUGAGGAAUUAUGUGUGUGAUGUUAGUUCUGCAGCUGUUUGGUUCUUAAAGUUGAAAUGAUGUUAGUUCUUCAGUUCUUAAACUUGAACUAAUUAACUUGAAUUAAUGUUAGUUCUUCCGUUCUUAAACUUGAAUUUUGGUUUAGCUCGUAGUUCGUCUCUAGUUUUCAUAUAUUGCAAUGUUAGUUUCAUGUUGGUAGUAGAACUCGUAUUAACUAUUUCAAUGUUAGCUCGUCUCUAUGUUGUUAGUUAAAUAAGUCUAAAGCUAAUACAUGUUUUUUUAUCUUGCAGAUGACAUCCUCAGCUUUCGAUAACCAAGCAACUGAUGUUGAAAUGGAAGGUGAACACCAAGAGUACCAAGAGACAUUUGCGGCUGCAAAUGCAACAUCUGGAGCAUCAUCUCAGGCGCAGAAGGUGAAGAAGAUGGUUGUGCCUAGGUCUACUGUGUGGGAGCAUUUCACCCGAAACAAAGAGAAUCGAAACAAGUGUGUAUGUCACCAUUGCCAGAAGAUCCUUUCAUGUGCAUCCAAGUCAGGAACUUCUAACCUGAAGCAGCAUCUGCAAAUUUGCAAAGAGCACAUAGCGUGGUUAACUUCUCAGAAAAAGAAUCAGCAGCAGAUUGGUAAUGGAGGCAAACUGAAGGCAUCGAAACUGACUGAAACGGUUUUCAAAGAAGCUUGCAACGAGCUGGUGGUGUUAGCAGAAUUGCCACUUUCAUUCAUUGAAAGUACUGCUUUUAAGCACUUCUGCGACAAGGUUUUGACUUUCAAGCCCCACUCAAGAAGGACAUUGACAAGGAACAUUGUGGAGAUGUUUGUGAAAAAGAAAGCAGCGCUGAAGAACUUACUCAUCACGAGUAAACAAAGAGUUUCACUGACAACUGAUAUUUGGGUGCAGAUUAUAUGGUUAUCACUGCACAUUUCAUUGACGAGCAGUGGCAGCUGAAGAAGUUAAUCAUUGGCUUCAAGUAUGUCAUGGAUCACAAAGGUCAGACAAUCUCUAAUGUUCUUUUAGAGUGUUUAUCUGACUGGGGUCUUGAGAGGGUGUUUUGCAUCACAGUAGACAAUGCAACCGCAAAUACUUCUGCUAUUAAGAGGUUUCAUGAGAGCUUUAUUUCCGUUUCCCCUGAUGCUUUUGUAUUAGACGGGAAUUUUUUACACAUGAGGUGUGCGGCUCAUAUUAUAAACUUGAUAGCUAAGGAGGGUUUAGGUGAUUUAAGUGAGAAUGUGUUAGCUAUCAGAAAUGUUGUUCAGUAUGUUAGGUCCUCAACCACUAGGUUAAAUGCCUUUGAUCAGAGAGUCACAAAUGGUAAGAUGACUCGUGAUAGCUUGCCCCUGGAUGUAAAGAUUAGGUGGAAUUUAACUUUCCUUAUGCUAUCUAGAGCAUUACAGUUUAAGGUAGCAUUUGAUAGAAUGGAAGCAGGAGAUAGGCUGUACAAUGACUAUUUUCUAGAGGUAGAUAAUGGGGCUAAAAGGUGGGGACCACCUGAUUCUUGGGACUGGAAAGCAGUUGAGAAGCUUAUCAGGUUUCUGGUCAUAUUUUACAAUAGCACCUUGGUUGUCUCUGCCUCAUCUAAGGUCAAUGAUUUCAAAUGCUAUGGUGAGAUAGUGACAAUUGAGAGAUAUCUCAAUUGAGAGAAAUCUCACUGGUUUAGCUAGUAGCGUUGACUCUGAGUUGAAGUUGAAGGCAUCGGAAAUGCUGCAUAAGUUUUUAAAGUAUUGGGAUGGCAUCAAGGAUGUCAACAAAAUGUUGAUCUUAGCAACCAUCUUCGACCCUACACAGAAGAUGCAUUUCGCGAAGCUCUGUUUCGAGAAGCUGUAUGGGAAAGAUAGCUUCGAGGCUAAGGAAAUGGCAAAGACGGUGAGUGAUCUUCUUACAUCCAUGUUUAAGGAGUACAACAUGCGUUUGAAAGUAGCUUCUGUACAAGCAUCACAGCCAACAGAAGCCUCUGGCGUCUCUGCUCAAGACUCUCAGGAAGAAGGAGUAGAAAGAAUGGAACUGGUGGUUGAGGAUUUCGGUUAUGAAAGGAUGGAUGAUGUGUACAAGGAACUUGUUGCAGAAAAAGGUGAAGACACUAGGGAUGACCUAAAAGUGACACGCUUUGAAGACAUUAUCGGUCGUCUAAAAGCCUAUAAAGAGAGAAUUCAUGAUGAUGAAGAAGAAGGUCAGAGUGAUCAAACCAAACUAAUGUACGCUAAUUCGGAAACACCAAAUACUCAAUCCUAUAGAGAUUAUAGAGGCAGAGGUCGAGGAGGACGCUUCUAUGGUCGAGGUCGAGGUCGCGGAAGAUCUUACAGAGAUAUAGACUACUCAAAGAUUCUGUGUUUUAGGUGUGAUAAACUCGGUCACUUUGCCUCCAGCUGUCCCGACAGAUUGUUAAAACUCCAGGAGGCAUAUGAAACGAAGAGUGAGACGAAGAAUGAUGAUACUCAAGAAGCUGACAAGUUGUUAAUGCACGAAGUAGUGUACCUUAAUGAAAAGAAUGUGAAACCAAAGGAUUUUGAAGCCGAUGCCGACAACAAAAGAGUUUGGUACCUAGACAACGGUGCAAGCAAUCACAUGACAGGUAUGCGAGAUUACUUCAAAAUGAUUGAUGAGAGUGUUACAGGCAAGGUUCGGUUCGGCGAUGACUCAAGAAUCGAUAUUAAAGGCAAAGGAUCUAUUUUAUUUAUGAGUCAAACCGGAGAACAUAAACUACUCGCUGAUGUCUACUUCAUACCGGAUCUCAAAAGCAAUAUCAUCAGUCUUGGACAGGCCACAGAAGCGGGAUGUGAAGUAAGGAUGAAAGAAGAACAUCUUACACUCCAUGAUAAAGAAGGAAAGCUCAUUGUCAAGGCUAGAAGAUCACAGAAUCGACUUUACAAAGUCCUUAUGGACAGUGUUCAUUCCGAGUGCUUUCAACUCGCUGCUCAAAGUGAUUACAGUAGAUGGCACGCACGGUUAGGACAUAUUGGAGCAAACACAAUGAAGUCAAUGAUGAAGAAUCAACUGGCUAUAGGUAUACCAAACAUGAGCAUUGAAAAUGAAACGUGUACAGCCUGCUUACUUGGAAAACAAACAAGGCGUUCGUUCCCAAGUGCAACCUCGUACCGAGCUACCCAAAAACUCGAGCUCAUUCAUGGGGACUUAUGUGGACCCAUUACACCACCUACAGCCGGGAAAAAUAGAUACAUAUUUGUGCUCAUUGAUGAUUACAGUCGAUACAUGUGGUCGAUAUUGCUGCAGGUUAAGAGCCAAGCAUACGAGAAGUUUAAAAGUUUUAAGACAAUGGUGGAAGCUGAGACAGGGGAAUCAAUCAAAACACUCCGAACCGACAGAGGAGGAGAGUUUACAUCGAAUGAAUUCAAGACUUUCUGCGAGGAAACAGGAGUUAACCGACAUCUUACGGCACCCUACUCUCCACAGCAGAACGGAGUAGUUGAACGUCGAAACUGAACGUUGCUAGAGAUGACUAGAAGCAUCAUGAAGCACAUGAAUGUACCAAAUUAUCUAUGGGGAGAAGGAGUUCGACAUUCUACAUACCUUAUAAAUCGAGUAGCAACAAGGACUUUGGUGUCACAAACUCCAUAUGAGGUUUUAAAGGGUAAGAGGCCAAGCAUCGAUCAUCUCCGCGUGUUUGGUUGCUUAGGAUACGCAAAGACAGAUGGCCCACACCUGAGAAAGCUGGAUGACCGGACGAGAACCCUCGUGCACUUAGGCACAGAACCAGGAUCGAAGGCAUACAGGUUACUUGAUCCUGUAACUCGAAAGGUAGUGGUAAGUAGAGAUGUCGUUUUUGAUGAGAACAAAGGAUGGAAGUGGAACACUACAACAAACGAGAACAGUGAGGAAUCGGGUAUGUUCAAGUUAUCUUUGGGUUUGUACGGAAAUAAUGGCUUACGAGAAGAAGAAGAAGAAAUGGAACAAGAACAGAACAACGAUGGUAGUAUGGAAGAAGAAGACAUCGAAGAAGAGGAAGAAAGUCCAUCGGAGACUGAAACAGAGCAAGUACAAGAUCUGCUUAGACGAUCAACAAGGAUAAGCAAGAAACCAGGCUACUUGGAUGACUAUGUAUACCUAGCUGAUGUAGAAGGAGAGAGAUUACUACUUCUCAUAAACGAUGAACCUUGGGAUUUCAGUGAAGCCAUUGAAGAAAAAGUAUGGAAAGAUGCAUGUAAGGAGGAAAUCGCAUCUAUAGUAAAGAAUAAUACUUGGGAACUGGUUGAUCUUCCUCUUGGAGCAAAACCUAUUGGACUUAAGUGGGUCUUUAAGAUCAAACGAAACUCUGAUGGAAGUAUAAGCAAGCAUAAAUCAAGACUAGUGGCUAAAGGAUAUAUUCAGAGACAUGGAAUUGAUUAUGAAGAGGUCUUUGCCCCUGUUGCACGCAUAGAAACUGUACGGUUCAUUAUUGGUCUAGCUGCUUCUAACGAUUGGGAAGUUCAUCACCUAGACGUUAAAACCGCAUUCUUACAUGGUGAUCUCAAAGAGGUCGUGUAUGUCUCUCAACCAGAAGGUUUUGUGAUAGAAGGAAGUGAAAGCAAGGUUUAUAAGCUUAAUAAAGCUUUAUACGGCUUAAAACAAGCUCCUAGAGCUUGGAAUGAGAAACUAAACAAAGUUCUUGGAGAGCUUGAUUUCGUUAAGUGCAGCAAGGAACCUUCUCUGUAUCGAAAGAGAAAGAACCAUGGCCUACUACUUGUGGCAGUAUACGUAGAUGAUCUCCUCAUUACAGGUUCGAAGACAGAGAUGAUUAACGAGUUCAAGGCAGGGAUGUCAAGAAAGUUUGAUAUGAGUGAUCUCGGUCUUCUAACAUACUAUCUUGGAAUCGAGGUGUUUCAAUUUAAUGGUGGAAUCAUGCUGAAGCAGGAAGGUUAUGCAAAGAAAAUUCUAGAAGAAACAAAGAUGGCCGAUUGCAAUGCAGUUCAAAGCCCUAUGGAUGCAGGUUUGAAGUUGUCAAAAGCUCAAGAAGAAAGAAACAUAGAUGAGAAAGAGUAUAGAAGAAUAAUUGGAUGUCUACGUUACCUUCUUCACACCCGACCAGACAUGUCUUACUCAGUUGGUGUGUUGAGUAGGUACAUGCAUGAACCGAAAGAGAGUCAUCAAGCUGCGCUAAAGCAAGUACUCCGGUACUUGAAAGGAACAUUCAGCUAUGGUCUUACAUUCAUGAAGACAAGACAUUCCGAGUUAGUAGGGUACUCAGACAGCUCACAUAACGUGGACAUUGAUGAUGGGAGAAGUACAACUGGUCAUCUCUUCUACUUAAACGAAUGCUUGAUCACAUGGUGCUCAACCAAACAAGAGACUGUUGCUCUAUCUUCAUGUGAAGCCGAGUUCAUGGCAGCCACCGAAGCAGCAAAACAAGCCAUAUGGUUGCAAGAGCUUCUUGCAGAGAUACUCGAGAAAGCAAGUGAAAAGGUGACAAUAAGAUUGGAUAACAAGUCAGCAAUCGCUCUCACAAAGAACCAUGUGUUUCAUGGUCGAAGCAAACAUAUUCACAAGCGUUACCAUUUUAUCCGAGAGUGUGUAGACAAUGGCCAAGUAGAGGUGGAGCACAUCGCAGGUAGCCUGCAGAAAGCUGACAUUUUGACAAAGGCUUUGGGAAGAAUCAAAUUCAAGGAGAUGAGGGAGCUUAUUGGAAUUCAAGAUCUGAAGAAAAUGGAGUUCAAGAUUAAGGGGGAGAAUGUUGAAGUUAAUCUUGAAGAUAACUUGGUUCACAAGUUAAACUAAACUUAUUCGAAAUAGGAAAAUUAUCUUAUCUAAGAGUUAUAUAGAUAAGUUAAGUUUAAAGGAAAAAAGAAUAUCAUAUCUGUAUAUAAGAAGAUGCAAACUUGUUGCAUAACUUGUGAGAUUAGAGAUUGAGUUUGUGAGAGCUUAAGUUUUGAGUUAUUUUCUUAAGCUAAUAAGAAAGAGUUUUCUUAUAUACUUCGUUCUUUAUAUCUUGUGAUUGAAACAAUAUCGACUAUAAAUUUACUUUGCUUGAUUCUAUACAUUAUCUUAAGCAUCACCAUAAUUAUCCAUUGCAAAAGUUCUUAUUUUGUUUAUAUAUUUAUAAAUAACACAUUGCUAAAUAGAGCUUAAGAAUUAUCAUCCUGAUUUUUCUAUUUGCUACUUGUUAUCGAUGACUUUAUUAAACACUGUAUAUAUCUGAAUUCGAAAACUGAAGCUCUUAUGGCGCAUCGUAGUCCACUGAAAUUCGAAAACCAGUAGAUCAGAUCAUUGCAUAUAUAUUGAAAACUGGAAAUUAAUAAUUCCGUCCAGUUUAUAAAAGGCUUUUUACAAAAACCCCUAACCGAACUCAGUUAGCGUAUGCCUGAUUGCCUGUAGUUCAAAUUGAAAAGGUGGGAGGGGGAAUAAAAAUGGGCCCUUAAAAGGCCAUGGACGCUGCAGUCCAUAUCUCCAAAGAAAGUUGAGUAGUAAACGAGUCAUGUGGCUUCAAUGUUUAAUGCCAAGUAAUGGAGCUCACAAGACUACAAUCUACAAACUAAUAUACAAGUUGAAGCGGUAUGAAUCAUAUGAAUGUCUUAUCAAAAUACUUUAUCCUCUUAAGUAUGGGGUCCCAUAUAACCAUGUCCGUCUAUAAUAUCUCUUUUUUUUUGUGAGAAAGGGCAUUAGUCUAUAAUACUUUCAAGAUUUUUGUUAUGCUAAGACCAAUAUAUCAUACUUUACUCACAUAAUUUAUUAUUUAUUCAUGUAUUUGGUAUUCGUAUCAUCUAGAUUCAUGGAAUAUGAUCGGAAUACCUAACGA